AUGGUUACUACUCUCAAGGUUGGCUUUGGCGAUUCUGCGGUCACUGUCGGCAGGAUCGGCCAUGGCUUGAUGAUGAUGACGUGGCGCGAUCCUAACUUCCCUCUACCCGACGAGGAGGCUUUCGAAGCUAUCAAGGCUGGCGUCGACUCCAUGCCUGCCGGCGUGAAGCUGAUGCUCAACAGCGGCGAGUUUUACGGGCCUAACUGCUCUCCCGCGAACCUGCAGCUGCUCUCCCGAUUCUACGCAACCGAGAACCUUCGACGAAGCGUCACCACUAUCAACGCCGAGCUCGGUGGAAUCAAAAAGAUGGAUUUGUUCGAGAUGGCGCGCGUUCCGUCAAACGACGAGGGCCACUUCCAGCACCUCGGAAUGUCCGAAUGCAGCGCGAAGACGUUGGAGAAAGCCCAUUCGAUCCACCCUGUUAGCGUGGUCGAGAUCGAGGUGAACUUGUGGUCCUACGAAGAGGAGACCAAGAAGGUUAUCGCGACGUCGAAAGAGCUCGGUUGUGGUAGCGGCAUACUCGUACGUAUCAAACCUCUUGGCCGCGGUUUCCUCACUGGAACGAUCAAAAGCCCCAAGGAUCUCAACCGGCGUCACCCUGCACAGCUCGCCAUCGCCUGGGUCGUUUCCCUGGGCGAUCAUGUAAUCCCCAUCCCUGGUUCCUCGUACGAAUGCCAAGCGCAAUUGGAGAACCUUGCAGUGGCGGACAUCCAGCUCACUGGCGCUGAGUUGGCGGAGAUUUCAGAGAUGCUCCAUCUCUGGCAAUGA